AUGGGCCUGAGUUAUGAUCCUGAUGCUUCCCUUGUAAACUCUACAUGGGUGGCUGCCCUACUCAGUGAAAGAGAUGUUUCCGGCCAGAUUCCUAUUAAUUUCGUUACCGUACCGGCCGUCUCGCUGACGGCAGCAUGCUUCGGUAAAAACAUCUUCGGUGACAAUGCUGCUCAGAAGUGCAUUUCGAACUUGCUCGCUAUCGGCUACCGUCGUUUCCUGAUUGAUAUAUACUGGUCGGUGGAGCAGCGAAAUUGGACCUUUUGCCCAGUCGCAAAACCGCAGAACGCUCAAGUUGUCACUGUCUCGACGACGCCUUCUCCCACAGCCACGGCCAGUGCAGUCACAGGCGCCGUCACAGCAGUCGCCGAUUCGUCAGACUCGCUACUCUACGAACUCGGUCCCUAUCUUUGCUCCGAUAAUCUUGACCUUUCUGGGCUACUUGAUAUUUUCGCAGAGCAUUUCCGACUCACCAAUUCUCAGUGGAAUGUAUAUACGACAUCCAUAACCCUAAACCUUCAUGUGUCAUCAAGUGCCGCAUCUUUAGAUCAGCCAGCUGCAUCCGUGACCAACGAGCAGCUGCCGUUACCCUCAGAAUACGUGAGCGCUUUGUUUGAUGAGCGUCUUUCGACGUACAUCUACAGGCCAUCCGAGUUAGCCAAGGAGCGCAAAGACCUCAACGAAUCAUGGUAUGCAGUUGACGAUGGAUACCAGCCUAUCACGGAAUACUUUACCCUUCACGAGGAUGCGGAUGGAAAGCAAAGUACGCCGGAUGGCUGGCCCUCUUCAAAAUAUGUGCAACUUGCGCAACAGCGACGACUGUUUGUGGAAUAUGGCUCCGUGGACUCGCAGCUGGGGAGCUAUGACUUGAGCGCAGACAACGACGUCAUAUUUCCUCCUCAUUAUUUGACGACUGCCGUCUCGAUAGCAGCGACUGAUAAUGGUAGCUUGACGUCUGGCUGUCUGUACCAGCCGGGAGCUACCUCAGUGUCGCAAGUCAACUCGUCGUGGGCUCAAUCGAGCAGCAUACCCAUCAUAAACAGCUCAAACGAAACCAAGGCUCUAAGGGAAAUAUGCGAUCUGGUCGUCAACCUCACCGUCUGCGGCUUAUCUCCGGUGCUCAAUAGCACUUUAUUCAACAAGACUGCCGAUUCAGAUGCAAAACCGUACCAAAACAUCUCCACGUCGGCCUCGUGGUCCUGGGCUAUUGGUGAACCGCGAGACCCUUCACCUCCCGGCAUCGACGAGGACUCGCCGCACAUCGAGCGAUGCGCAGUAAUGGAUCUCUCAGUGGGGGGCCAUUGGCGCUCCACUAACUGCAGCGAAGUGCGUCACGCCGCCUGUCGAGUGGGAAACCAUCCCUUCACCUGGUCCCUGUCAUCGCAAGCGUACACGUACUCAGACGCGUAUCACCACGCUUGCCCGGAGAAUACAUCGUUCUCCAUACCCCGGACGGGCCUUGAGAACACCUACCUAUACCAUUCCCUGCUCGAUGGACCCAAGGACACCUUGGACCCUACAGCGACGGACCCCGCAAAGUACGAGGUCUGGCUUGAUUUCAACUCGUUAGACGUUGCUUCCUGCUGGGUAACAGGGGGUCCUGAUACUCCCUGCCCCUACGUGGCCGAUCCACACCAGCUAGAACGGCGCACGGUGCUGGUCGCUGCCAUCGCCGGAAUCGUUAUCUGCAUCAUCACUGCGCUCACGUUGUUUGUUAAAUGUAACGCCAACCGGAGAAAUUCGAGGAGAGGCAAAAGGGUUAUUCAAGGGUGGGAGUACGAAGGUGUGCCUUCGUAG